AUGGGUAUCCAGAUCAUUGGUACCACGUACCAUGGAGUUAUGACCAUGGCACGCUAUAAAUGUAAAGGGCUUCGAAGUAACUGGGCAGAUGCUAAUAUGAAAUUAGCUUUAGCUGCAGUCAGAAGUGUGUGGGAUGAAGCUGCGACACCUGCUAAUGUCAAAGCUGGAUUUGAAGCGACCGGAAUUUUCCCAUUCAAUCCAGAUAGGAUUCCAGAAGAAGUAUACGCUCCCAGCAUACCUACUCAGAAUUUCGCAGAACCUGGAGCUUCUCCUUCUGAAAAUCAAGAAAAUGGAGAUACUAACGACAGCGACGCUACAAAUCUGUUAAUUCCUCCUCAGGAAAAUGAAGAUACUAAUGAAAGCGACGUUACUGAUGCCAGUGGAAAUUCUCCUUAUCCUCUCCCAAAUGAAGACAAAGAACCCCUGCCAAGUGUUUAUGACGAUUACGACAGUAGCGAUCACAUUCCUUUGUCCAAACUAAAGCAACAUAACAAUAAUAUCGAGUCAAAAACUGAAUUAGAUGUAGUCUGCUCCAAAACACUUAAUGAGUCAUAUACAUCUUUGUGUCAAAUGUUAAAAACUCCAGAGAAAACGUCAAGCCCAAAAACUGCUCCGAGGGCAAAAGCUAUCAAUAGUCUCGCACAGGCGCUAACAAAAUCAAUGUUUACAGAUAAAAAUAACGUGUCAGGGCCAUCAAAUGCUCCUAAACAAAAAAUAGAAAAUAUAGCAGGCCCAUUUAAAGUGGCUUACCAAAAAAGAAAAUAUUCUGCUAAAAGGAACAACAGUGAAGCAGUAACUCCGAAGAAGGUUUCUAAACAGUCACGUGCCCUAGCCUAUAGCCCACUGGCCCUUACAGAUAAUGGGGAGUCCUCAGAAGUACAUGAUGCACGAAGGGAGAUCUAUGAUGAAAUGUCGCAACCACCAACCUCAUCUACAAUGGAGCAUUGUGAGAUCUCGCUACACCCCUGGCCAUCAUCUCAAUCUGCAGCCGGCUUUCAGCAAUCAGUCUCAUCUGCAGUUGACCAGGAUGGGAUUCUCCAACAUCCUCAGCCAUCAACUUCAUCUACAUUGACGCACAUUCCACAAAAUGAUCCUUUGUCUUCUGUCGCAUCACGUCAUGCAUAUUAUUCAUCAUCGUCAGAAUCAGAGCCUUUCCAGGAUUCAGGAGAAUCCUGCGUCCCUUCCGAAGACGAGCAAGAUAGUCUAUCAGAGGAUGAACAAUCUACUGAGUCCAGCGGGGAUGAUGAGUUUGCAAUCGACCAAAAUGUUGAUGUUAUCGAAGAAGUCCAGCCCUAUGGAAAUGUUGAUGCCGCUGCAGAUCAAUGGGAACCAUGCAGAGAUAUACCCCUCAACUUCCAAUAUACAGGAAAUGGUGGCAUAAAGUUUCGUGAAAAAGUUGCAAGGGGCUUGUUGGAGGAAGAAGACAUUGAAGAAAAUAUAGAACCUGAAGAUAUUGCCGCUAACGUGUCCGAACAAAGAGUGACAAAGAGACCUCGAGCUAGUAGCAGAAUCGCUCAUCAUAAGAUGCAAAAAUAUGAUGGCACGUACAGCCAGUUUACAUACACUAGUGAAACUCCAGGAUAUGGGGCGACAAGUAACGUCACAAGAGGUUUUCUGUCAUACACUUUCAAGUUAAUCAAACCUAGUGCUGAAUCCAUAUUGACAAAGGGCUUUUCGCUGCAACAGGCGCUUGAUAUGAUCUUCAAUGACGAUGAGGAUGAAGUACCCGACAUAUAUAUAAGCCCACCAGAACCAAAUGUGCUAACUGAUGAGGACUCGGCAGACGAAGAUGAUGGUGGACUUAUAGAUGAUCUUUCAGGAAGACAACUGUUAUCAGAUGCUGAGAUCCACGUCCGUGGAGUUGACCAACCGACUGGAGCAGAUCUGGAGGAAGAAGACGUUGUUGAUGACUCGCAACCUCUAUCAGAGUUAGGCAUCGAAGCGCAUGAAGAGCUACUGAGAACGUUAAAGGGGAGAAAAUAUGACAAGAGGACAUGGUUAGAUGGAGAUAUGACAAAAUCGUCUCAUUUUCCUGCACCGGACUUCUCUGAAUUUCGUGAUAUGAGCCCAGCCGGUUUGUUCGAAUUAUUCUUUGAUGAAGGUAUGAUGCUGUACAUUUUGGAGGAAACAAAAAAGUACGCCUUAUUUUCGACCUGUCCAGAUCUACAGGUUACUAUGGAAGAACUUAGAUGUUUUCUGGCCAUACUUAUCGUUUCUGGUUACAAUAUUCUUCCAGGAAAAAGAUUUUAUUGGGAUUCUGGAGAAGACAUGUCCAAUGGCAUGAUAAAAGAAGCGAUGCGUCGGGACUGA